GGCUGGGCCUGGUGGGCAGCGGGGAGUGCGGGGGACCCCAGAAUCAGGGGCUCGGGUCAUAUAGCGUCUUCACAAACGGGCGCAGGCAGUGUUCGUGCGACCCGGAGAGACCGUGGGCGUCGAUGCCUGGAGUUACUGUAAAGGACGUGAACCAGCAGGAGUUCGUCAGAGCUCUGGCAGCCUUCCUCAAAAAGUCCGGGAAGCUGAAAGUCCCUGAAUGGGUGGACACUGUCAAGCUGGCCAAGCAUAAAGAGCUCGCUCCCUACGAUGAGAAUUGGUUCUACACACGAGCUGCUUCCACAGCACGGCACCUGUACCUCCGGGGCGGCGCUGGGGUUGGUUCCAUGACCAAGAUCUACGGGGGGCGCCAGAGGAACGGUGUCAUGCCCAGCCACUUCAGCAGAGGCUCCAAGAGCGUGGCCCGGCGGGUCCUCCAGGCCCUGGAGGGGCUGAAAAUGGUGGAAAAGGACCAAGAUGGGGGCCGCAAACUAACACCUCAGGGACAGAGAGAUCUGGACAGAAUCGCUGGACAGGUGGCAGCUGCCAACAAGAAGCAUUAGAACAAAUGAUGCUGGGUUAAUAAAUUGCCUCAUUC